AACUGACACUCUGAUAGAUCAGUGCGGCGAGUGCGCCAGUAGAGCAGUGGCUGUAAUAAAGUGGUGCGGUUGUAACUUGUUACGGUAUUACAUUUCAAUGAGAUGGAGUUUAGAUCCGAUGUGAUUACUUGCAGCGGAAAAUACAGCAACAACCAGCAAAAAUUAUUCUCAUAUGGAACCGCUGGAUUUCGUACGAAAGCCGAUGACCUGGAGACGGUGCUCUUCAGGAUGGGCUUGCUUGCUGCUCUCCGAUCAAAAGCUAAAAAGGCUCACAUUGGCCUGAUGAUCACGGCAUCUCAUAACCCUGCCUGUGACAAUGGCGUUAAGCUUGUCGACCCUUACGGUGAGAUGAUGGUCGAGUCAUGGGAGGCUCAUGCUACACAUGUUGCAAAUGCUUCUGACGAUGAGCUGGCUGGCGUCCUGCACUGUAUUGUUACUGAGGAACAUAUUACUGCUGAUCACACAGCUCAGGUUGUGAUUGGCAGGGACACUCGACCAAGCAGCAAUACGCUGCACGCCGCUGCAGUGUCCGGGGUGGAGGCCCUGGGUGGUAAGGUCGUUGAUUGUGGAGUGGUCACCACACCCUUGCUCCACUACCGCGUCCGCUGUGCCAACGACCCCAGCUAUGGCGUGGCAAGCAACGAAGGCUACACCGACAAGCUGGUAGAGACUUUCCUGAAGCUGCAGUCCUGCGCACAGCCUGCCACGUCCUGCGCACAGCCUGCCACGUCCUGCUACUGCCAGGACCUGCUCUUCGACGGCGCCAACGGCGUGGGCGGCCUGCAGAUGGCUAUUAUGGCUCCCAGAAUAUCCCAAGCGCUCAAGCUUACCAUUCAUAAUGGGGGAGAGGGCCAGGGGGUUCUUAACUAUCGCUGCGGGGCAGACUUUGUUAAGGUGAGCCAGAGCUGGCCGAGCGGGGUGCCGGCCACGCCAGGCAGUCGCUGUGUGUCGGUGGACGGUGACGCGGACCGCGUCGUGUACUCCUACAUAGACGAGCUCGGCGCCUACCACCUCAUGGACGGCGACAAGAUCGCCACACUUGUUGUGGGCUUCCUGCAGGAACAGCUCUCCGAGGCAGGUCUGGCGCUGCGGCUCGGCCUGGUGCAGACCGCCUACGCCAACGGGGCGUCCACUGCGUACGUCAACGACUCCCUGAAGGUUCCUGUGGGCUUCGCCAAGACGGGCGUGAAGCACCUGCAUCACAUGGCCCUGUCAUUCGAUAUCGGGGUUUAUUUUGAGGCCAAUGGCCACGGCACUGUCAUCUUCUCCGACUCUGCCAGCGCUGCCAUCAAAGAAGCUGCCUCCACUGACUCGCCGGCGGCGCGGCGUCUAGCGGCGGUAAAGGACCUGAUCAACGAGACGGUGGGCGACGCGAUCUCGGACCUGCUGCUGGUGGAGGUCAUCCUGCGACACCGCGGCUGGGGCAUGCGCGACUGGGACGCCCAGUACCACGACAUGCCCAACAAGCUCGUCACGGUGCGUGUGGCUGACCGGUCUGUGUUCGAGACGACGGACGCCGAGCGCCGGUGCACGCAGCCUGCCGCCCUGCAGCCUGCCAUCGACGACCUGCUCAGCACCAGCUUCCUGCAUGCGCGCGCCCGCACCUUCGUACGCCCUUCUGGUACCGAGGACCUGGUACGUGUGUACGCUGAGGCCGCCACCCAGUCCCACGUAGAGGAGCUCGCUCUGCAGGUGUCCAGACUCGUCUUUGACUUGGCGGGGGGAGUGGGCGAGCGACCCUAGCCGGGCGGGGGAGUGGGGGAGCGACCCUAGCCGGGCGAGGGGAGUCGGCGAGCGCCCCUAGCCGGGCGGGCUGAGUGGGCGAGCGCCCCUAGCCGGGCGGGGGAAUGGGCGAGCGCCCCUAGCCGGGCGGGGGAGGGGCGGUGCAAUUUAAUUACAUUCCAUUCCAUUCCAGUAGCUAAGGUCGUUUUUAUAGAGGUUAUGUUUCUUAGAGUUUCACUUAUAUUUAUAAUGGAAAUGACAAUGAUUUGUUUAAAACUUUGACUGUUUCAUUUUUUAUAUUAAGAAACUAUAGAUGCGAAACUAUAUAGACGCUGAAAUUUGUUCCUUAGAGACGUUCCAGGUAUCAACUCCUCAGUUGCUCAUAGAAGAUUGUAGGAAGGAAAGCGCUGUGAGUUAAGCGCCACGCUUAAAUAUGUAAGGCAGAUUUUGUUGAUAGUAACAAAAUAUCUUGUUUGAAGCUGGUGGGUGGUUCAUUCUUAAAACCUAUGUCGGACAUAGAAAUUUUGUACGUUUAUUUUCCACAUGUAACUAUCGGUUGGCAUAUUGGCAUAAUUUCCAUCACACUUUCUAGUGUAAUGUUUUUGGAGGAUUUUUUGCAACAUUUUCGCCAUUCUCGAACGUGUUAGUUUACUUUUAAUAUUCUUAAGGUUUUACAUCAUUUAUGGAAUCUGAUUGGACAGCUUAUUUAUACCCGAUUUAAUUUUCGGUCCUUGGUAAUGACAGCGAAUGCAAAUGCGAGCUAAUUAAUGCAAUUUCGAUGUUUACCGACAUGAAUUUCAGUAUUAAACAUCAUUAAAAUAUGCUGAAACUGUGAGCAUAUUCAGUUGUUUUUGAUGUUCAGUGAAGCUAAAUAAUCGUACUGUGAUAGAGCGCAAUUGUAUGUAUUAAUUUAUCGUAAAUGUUUAGAAUGUCUAUGAAUAUUAAAAACCAACCCACGGCUGUUAAAAUAUCUUCACAUCGAUAAAGUUUGUGGAGUUCUCUGUUCAAGCCUUGAUACAACGCUGGUGGUUAUGAUGCGUUUGCUAUAAUUUUGAAUGUAUAGUCGCUUCGUUAAUUCUCGCCUUUGGUUCCGUUCAUAUGUUAUCUUAUGUUCAACUCAUCUAUUUUAUAUCUUGACAGGUAAUUUUAAAUUGAAUCACUUUCAAGUUAGGGUAGUGAGCAAGAGUGCUUCCGUUUCACUUCAAUGAACUUGCAAGGAAGUUGUCAUUGAUAAUGUAAACAAUAAUUUGCUUUGCUUCUGGCAUUCACGAAUGACUUUCCUAGUCCUCGUGUAGGCAAGCUAUUGACCGAUAUCAAUUCGGAUAAGAAUUAAUGUGCUCGAUGACUGAAUGCCGCAGUCGAAUACAAGAUGUACUACCAAUUUGAGCUCGUAAUCCGACUGAAUACCACCUGCCUAAUUGACUACACUCACCGCGCACCCGCUGACUCGUGUCUUGUUUAUUGCUUGAUUUUUAUUGUAAGCGUAGUGUUUCUUAUGUCAAGUGAUUUAUUAUUAAUCAUCGCAUUUUUUAUUAAUCAUCUUUAUUAUUAGUUCCGGCUAUGAGCAAUUUUAUAGAUCCUUUUCUAAACUGCAGAUUUUCCAA